ACAUAAAGUUAGAGAGAGAGAGAGAGUGUGUGUGAGGAACUUGGGGAUGAUUGAAGCUCUUAUAUUUCUUUCUUUCUUUUGAUCAGAAGGCUGCUUUGAGAAGAGACUUUGAAAGAGUAAAGAGCAAACCAUGAAAAAAGUACCACUGAAAGGCUAAAAGCAAACAAGGUAUGUAUGUGGGUGUCACCUGAACAACUGUUUUUCCUUUGGAGAGAGAGAGAGAGAGAGGGGUUUAGUUGGGAUUUUCAAGCCCUUUUGCCAAAAAAAUAAUCUUCCUCUUAUUAUUAGUGUUAUGGAAUCUGCAAACCUCCAUCACCACCACCAACAUCAUCAGCUCCAAGUUCAAGAUCAGCUUGUUAUUGGGUCUUCUCCUUUAUCCACUUCCAACCCUUGUUUCUUUGGAGUUGGAAUUGGAAACACCACUCAUUCUUGGCCUCCAAACACCCUUCUGAGCCCUAGUAGUCAAUUCAGUUCAAGUACUAUUGUGAAUGGAUCAGUAAUACUAAACUCAAGGGAUAUUUCAAGGCAGCAAAAUGACUUCCUUGCCCCUUCACUCAACACCAGUUCCAUGAUUCAAGACAUGGGAUUUCAAUGGGCUAGUAGUAACACUAAUAGUAAUACUAAUGGAGAGCUCUCCUACCCUUAUCAUCAAAAGUUCACUGAGAUGAUGAUUAACCACAGCUCACCAUCACCAUCAUCUUCAUCACACACACAAGAUUUCCAGUUACAGCAACCGCCCGCAAUCGGCUACACGAAGAAUGAGGAGAGAGAAUUGAGGGAGAUGAGUGAGAAGCUCUUGCUCAGGAGCUUCUCCUCUGGUUGCCAAAUCAAAGGGCUUCACUUCCAAGCUGGAAACUCAAGUAGAGGGAGCUUCAGCCAGAUUCUUCCUACCAUCAAUAUCUCGAACUUGAAUCGAUCUAAUUCUAAUUCAGGGAUCUCGAGUUCCUUGGACAUGAACAUGCAGCCAUUGGAACUCUUCACUAAUUCUGAUUGUAGGUUUUCAGCUGGAUGUCUAAGCCCCGCUUCGAACGAUAUUCAUGGUUUUUACAAAGACAACUUAUACUAUGGUGUUGAUGAUCAUAUGCAACAAUCCAGGCCAUCUAAUAGCACUAGUAAAAUAUCAGCCUUUACCAGUGGAGUUUCAGAAGCAAAGAGACCCAGCAGUUUGAUGGAGCCAAAAGUGACGACUCAUUCAGCCCAAAAGAAAUCGAGGUCCGAUUCACGUUCUUCCUGCCCUCCCAUUAAGGUAAGAAAAGAGAAACUAGGAGAUAGAAUUGCAGCUCUUCAGCAGUUGGUAGCUCCUUUUGGCAAGACAGACACUGCAUCGGUACUAAUGGAGGCUAUUGGGUAUAUCAAAUUCCUUCAGAACCAGGUCGAGACACUGAGCGUGCCUUACAUGAAGCCUUCACGCAACAGAAGCAGUAGAACCAUCCGGGGGGGUUCAUCGGAAGACGGCAAUGAAGAGUCGAAACCCGAUCUCAGAAGCCGAGGGCUGUGUCUUGUGCCCUUGACAUGCCUUUCAUACGUCACCGAUGGUGGCGGAGGUGUUUGGCCACCCCCGAACUUUGGCUGAGGUCCGGCUCUUGAUGAAUUGGUUCGCGCAUGUCGAACAAAGAGACAUGUAUGUCAUUGAAAUCGGGCCACGAUCGAUGCAGUGCCGAAAUCUAUUUAGACCUCUAGCUACUGGCUAGUGAACCUGAGAAUUCAUCACCAGCCAGUCACUUGCUAGCUAGCUUCAAAUGGAGCAAAUUUGGUCAUCCUGUAAAAGCAAAAAUAUCCCAGGAUAUUGGACCAAGUUUGAUCCAUUAAUUCAUGAUUUGUCCCUGAUUUGAUCUCUCUGUUUAAAGACUCCCCUUUCAAUUUAUGAUUUACAUUGUUCUAUUUAUAGUUAUAAUAUACUUUAGACAAUUAAUUAA